GUUGUUUGAUUAAUUCAAUAGACAUUUGUCUAUUUAACAUGAACAUAUUGAGUUUAGGUUUUUAAAUCAUUAUCAGUUGUUGGUUUAACAUAAAAUAACAAAAAAUUUAAUGAACUAGAUUUGCAUUCUUCAGUUCAAUUAAAUGUAAUUAUUUUAAAUCAACAACUCUAAAACCGAUGCCUAGUGCGCAUGCUCAAACUUCCCAGAAGUGAAGAGGCGGGAACGCGGAGAAAGUUAUAUGUGUUUAGUGAACUGCCGUUUCCCUCUGCGGAUUCUUCCACAAUACAGUAACAUCACAAAGAAAGCUGCCCCCUUUUUCUGAUUGUUUGUGCCUCCUCUUUAAUACAUGUGACUUUUAUGUGGCAGUGCAAGCGUUGUUCCAUCAGGGAGAGUAGUAGGUACAAAUUAUUGACAAUGAGUUUUGAGGCCAAGCAUAGUUUUUUUAAACAGGUUGCUCGCCACACCAACUGUUUUAAAAACAUACCUCUCACACUUGCCAGAAAACACCAGCUUGUCAUUGCUCACCAUUUGCAUAUGUCUGAUGAGAAAAAACAGUUGGUGGUAACUAAUGUUUCAUCAGUGCCUAUUGAUGUGCUCCAAAGUGACAUUGCAGCUGCUUUUAACCAAAGGCUUCCAGAUGAAACUGAUGUUCACAUUGCGAAGAAUGUGUCAUACAAUGGUAUGAACUACAGCAAAGGAAUGAUUGUUAUCCAUGGACAGUCAUUUGGUCUGCCUGAGUUUGCUGAAAUUUUGCAGCUCUGUGUUUUGGAAGGGAAGUUGCAUUUUUUUUGUGAGAAAGAUAUCUGCUUGGUAUAGGGAGCACUUUAGAGCUUUUGAACUGAGCACGUCACAUGUGAGGGAGGUGGCUGUCAUUGCACAUGAGGAACUGGUUGAUGAAUAUCCCUUAGCUGCCUACUCUGUUGGAGGACUGCGUCUGGUUACUCUAAAGAGAUCUGUGACUUUUCUUGGAAAACAAAAUUAAUACUUAUCUUCAAAAUGACGUCACCCCUAAGACUGCAGAUAAUCCUGGGUGAAGAUGAUGCCAGGAAGUUGAUUCUUCCUACAGGGACACCGGUCUCAAUUGAAGAUUUGUGCCACACAGUAAAGACAAGUUUUGGAUUGCAGCAAGAUAUUCGACUUCAAUAUCAAGAUGAGGACUUUGGAAAUGAGUUCAUGAAUAUGUCAGAUGUCUCAGAAGUAAAGGACAAAGGCACCCUUAAGGUGAUAUUUUUGCAAAGCCCACAGGAGGAAAAUGUAAGAACUUCUCAAAGCCAAGCAACAGAGUCUGUAUCCAUCUCCUCUGCUGACACAGAUGAUACAGAGCCCAUUUCAUCUUCAGGUUCUUCACCAUCCUCAAGGCACUGGGUUUGGCCAAGUGUCUUCACUGUACCACAAUUUAGCUAUGAGGCAGAAUUUGAACUCGAGAAGGCCAGCACUGCCUGCGCCAAUGGGGGAACUCUAUUGAACCCUUCACCAAAACUGAAAUCCCAAAUUCUGGAACGACUGGCUGAAGAAAUAUACAAAUUCAAAGCCUACCCAACAGACAGUGAUCUGACUGAUGUUGCAGAAGCUCUUGUGAAAAAGCAUCCUUGCCUUAGAGAGCAGGGGUCUUUCAAUGGCUGUUAUGGGUGGAAGAUUAGCCUAAAAUAUAAAAUGGCUAACCUCCGCACCAAACUGAGAGGCCUUGGAUGUACAGAGGUGACCAUAAACUCCAUCAAAAACAAGUCUGGUGACAACCGUCAGGCAGCCUUCAAUGUGAAGAAACCCAAAAGAGCUGAAGUUAACUAUUGUCCACAGCAUCCAAAAGGACAGACAUCAGAAAGUCUGGAACAGGAAAGAGUUGCAAUUCUUUCUGAGUUGACUAAAAGAAAUUAUGACUCUGUUGUGAAUGGAGAAGACUUUCUCAUACAGAAGGCAAGAAGUUCUUCAGGGUCAGCCGAUGGUUGCAGACUUCAAAAGCAGAUGGCCAGCUCUGUUCACUGCGAGAGAGAUUGACAAGGAGUUUUUGCGAAUCACCACAAAGCCUCUGCAAUCCACUUUCUUUGCCGAGCUUGACCAAUACGCGCCACGCUUAAUGGAAAUCUUUCUGAGCAAAGGAGGGACACCUGGAAAGAAAAUAAGAGGCCUCAUGCUUGCCAUCUCCAAGCAUGACAACAUCCAUACCAGACGAGCAUGCAUCUUGAAGUCCUUAUGCAUCUACCUAAACGAAGACUAUGAGAAGUUAAUAAAGGAGUACUUGGAUACGGACAGCGAGGCAAAAAGCUGCAUGGAGCAAACUGUGAUGGGGGUGUACGUUAUCCAGAAGGAGGGUGCUGAACCUGAAGAUGACCCAGAGGACAUUGGUGUCCUGAUUGAGGGUGUGGAGGCUCUCACUGAUUUGGGUAACAUUGCACAAGCAUGUGCUCUGUUGUUUGGACUCAUAUACUGUUUGAACCUGAGCUACCCACCAGAACUUAAAUGCACCUUUGAAGUCCUCCAGAAGAUACUUUUAAAUCUUGAUGGACAAAAGCUCUCUUCAAAGGCACAGUUUCUGAAAAACAAGCUUAUGGGGUGAGAGCACCUGAAAAUGACUGAUAGGUCUUGAAUGGUUCAUUGGUGCAAUGGUGAUUUCCAAUAUAUAAUGUUAACAUUUGAGUUUAUAUAUUCUUUCAUUUAAAAAAUGUUUUUUUUUUUUUUUUUUUAAGUUUUUGGAUUCUCUCUGUUGGGCAAUUCACCUUUUAUACAGCACUGCAGAUGAUUUUUGUUUGUCUUUAUAUAGAUGGCUCAAAAUGGAUCAGAAGUACUAUUCUGUUAAUUAUUUUUCAUUUAAUUUCAAGUUUGUAGUAUAGGUACUAAUUCACAUAUACCAUAAUGCUGUCAUGUGUUGAAUGAAGAUAUCAUUGAAGUGCUUUAGUGCCCCCCUCUUUUUUUUUUCCCCUUUAAAGAACAAAGUCAACAUUUUACAGAAACUUCAUUGAGGGGUUUUCCCCAAGCAAUGUUCAUUGUUGUUUUUAGCUGCACUGUUACUAUGUUGUGUUUAUGUGUCAAGGGCCUGUAAAGUUUAAGACCACUGCCACCUGUUAAGUUCACUGUAUUAUUUUAAUGUGUCCAUUUUGCUUGCUAGCAUGUUUUAAAACACAGCAAAACUAUAUUGCUAGCUGUGGAGGACCGCAACCAAAAUUAAAAAAUAAAUACGGAAAUAUAAAAA